AUGUGGCCUUUUGAAAGCGCUUAUCCCGAGCGUAAAGCGCCUGAGAUACAUGGCGAAGAGUAUUCGUACAUUGUCGUUGGCGGAGGCACGGCAAGCUGUGCGAUAGCGUCCCGACCGAGCGAAGACCCAGACGUGACUGUCCUGGUUCUGGAGAAAGGCGCAAUUAAUGAUCACUGGCUGUCGCGUAUACCCUUGAUCUCCGGCAGUCUAAGCAGGAUUCUGCAAGUAACUCGUCGUUGGUCAGAGCCCAUUGAAAGUUGCAAUGGCAGACAAGCAGACCUAUGGUCUGGUGAGGCACUCGGUGGAUCGUCAAGGAUAAACCAGAUGCUAUGUACUCGCGGGAUGCCUGCAAUGUACAAUGAAUGGGCUCAGAUGGAGCAUCCGAACUGGAGCUGGGAAAUGGUUGAACCAAUCUUCAAGCGUAUCGAGAACUGCGUCUCUCAUCCCAACGCUGCAUCCCUUGGGCACAAUGGGCCUCUGCAUAUUGUUCAGCAUUUGCCUCAGUUUCAGCUGCACAACUACAUCGAUAAGUCAGCUGCUGCUCUAGGUCUCCCUAUCGAGGAUAGUAUCAAUAAUCCAGACGGCCACGCUGCAGGUUACUACUACUUGGACUACACAAUUGACCAAAACGGCCACCGGCAUAGCGCGUAUAGCGCGUAUCUACCCAACGUCUGGCUAUAG